AUGAAUGCCGACGAAUUUCAAGAUCCUCUUUUCGGUUUUCCCAGCUUCUUCGAUGAUAAUCUUACAUCUCAGCAAGAAUUUAUACCAACAUACAGAGGGGAGCUCAAUCUAGUAGAUAAUUUCAGUCGCGAUGUUAGACGAACAAUAUCGGCACCUGACAAUCUCCGAACACCACUACCUCCCGUGUCUCAAUCUUCAUUACUGCUCCCCGGGAUUGAUCAAACUAUGAAUCAUUCAACAGCAAACCAUACAUCUCCUAUCGCAGCUCCAUCCAAUGUUGCUCACCAGAUGCCGCCUAUAGUCGACUCUAUGCCAUCACUACCGAAGCCCGCCCGUAGGCCUGCCCUCACUGAGCACUCUGCGGAAGAUUGGGAGCGUCAAAGAGCAACUUUCACUCGACUUUAUACCGCAGAAGACAAAACUCUAAAGGAAGUAAUGGAAAUAAUGGAGAAUGAACAUGGAUUCCGUGCAACGCCACGGCAAUACAAGCGACGAAUUGAGCAAUGGAAACUGGACAAAAACAUCAAGGAAAGUGACAUGAGGAUUAUCUUACGAAAAGAUCUAAAGAGAAAGCAUGAAGGAAAGAAAAGCGAGUUCAAGAUUAGUGGCCGCGAUGUCGAGCCUCAGAAGAUUGAACGCUUCGCACAGAGAAAGAAAAUGACUGAGGAGUCAAUCCUUGGGUUUGAUAUUGAAACUCCUGGCUAUAUCGCCUGCGAUACCCCUGCACCUACAAUGGUGGAUGAAGGUAUGAUGCAUCAUACAGGAGGGGAUAUCGACAUGGAAGAUUCGACAGCUACUCCUCUGCAAACAGUGGACUCUAGAAAAAAGCGCCAAAUACCGCUCGGUUUCACGACUGAAACCCUCAGUUCGUUUAUUAAGCGGGUGGACAACGGCUCUCCUAUCGAUAUUGAUUUCGAUGCGGAGUUCUUCGCCUCCGCGCUUUUCAAAAGCCGUUCUACAAAAUCGAAUAUAUGCAGGAGAUGCUCUCGUUUCCUGAAUCAUCUCUUAUGUCGUGACUCGAAAGAAGUCAGCUGGUAUAAAUUUUUGCCCAAUUACCCUCACGACAAUCUUUCUUACGACAUUCUCCUACCGUCACUGUCAAAGGGGCAAAUUCCACGCACUAUCAGCUUGCUCAUACAGUUUCAUGUCACGAUUGUUAUAAGAGGCAAAAAUGCAAGAAGCAACGGAAUCCUUACUUUUGCUGUCGAAAAUGCAUCCUAUGUCAGCUUUGCGUUCUUCAAUCGAGACAGUCCAGGGGGGAGUGAGGCAGACAGUAUAGAACUGACCUCAGCUCCGGAUGUCCCCUGGAUCGUAGGCUAUCUAGAUAUUUGUGAUCGGCCGAAGUUCAUUGUCGAUUAUGAACAUAAUGAAUAUUUGGAACUUUGGAAUAUCUUUCCAAGACAUGUAGUGGACUACCGUUAUGAGUAUGAAUUUAUUCAACAUGUAAAAGAUCAAUUGCAAGAUCUAUUGGAUUCCAAUAAUAGCGCAUCUCAGGCCGACAUGGAAGAUAUCUAG